AUGCCUCGAGUGCUCUCUGCAAAUCUUGAGCGCACCAUCAAACCCAAAUUCAAGAUUUUUCAGGACUUUGGUUUUUCUUCCAGCGAUGUUGUGGAAAUUGUUUCGUCUGACCCACGGAUUUUAACGUGUAGCGCUGCUAAUCGGCUUGUCCAGUCGAUUUUAGCAUUGAAGAGUGUUUUGGGUUCGAAUAUGGAUGAUGUGUCUAGGGUUUUAAAGAAACGUGGGUGUAUUUUGACGCAUGAUUUGGGGAAAACUAUGAUACCCAAUAUUGAAUUUUUGAAGAGUUGUGGUAUUAGUUCCUCGCAAAUAACUCGAUGUAUCUAUAAUAUCCCAAGAAAUUUCUUGUUUAAUACGACGCGCAUUAGAGAAAAUGUCAAGAGGGUUGAUGAGAUGGGCAUUGACAGGAAGUGUAAGAUGUUUCUUCAUGCUAUUCAGGUUAUUAGUUGCUUGAGUAAAGAGAAUUGGGAGUUGAGAUUGGACCUCUUUAAGAGUUUGGGGUAUUCGGAAGAUGACAUUUCAUCAGUUUUUAGGAGAGCGCCUCUGGCUUUAGUUAGGUCGGAGAGGAAAAUUAAGGCGAUGACGCAGUUUCUCCUUAGCUCGGGCAAAUGUGACAUCUCUUUUGUUGUUAAUCAAACAGAAUUAUUUGGUUAUAGUAUUGAGAAUAGGCUUAAGCCACGGCUUAGAGUUCUCGAGGUUUUGGAAAGGAGGAAUUUGCUUCUUAAAAUGCCUAGUUUGUUGACUGUAUGCCCGCUCACGGAUCAGAAGUUCUAUGAGAAAUAUGUACUCCCUUAUUCAGAUGAAGUUGGCGAAUUAUUUGUGGUUAAGAAGGCCUCAUAG